AUGGUGAAGGAGGAGCCAAUCGAGGCUCACAGCAGUCCGCGCGGAACGGAUGUGGAUAUGAAGACCGAUGAUUUCUUGCCGUUGCCAUUCCUGGACUUUGGCGAUGAUAUUGUACCAUGA